UGUCUAAUAUUAAAGAAGGGGGUGAUAUAUAAAAAGUUCUUAGGUGUUUAUAUCAGGACGCUAAUUUUUGUAUUUUGUGAGUAGAAAAGUUAUAUUUGCAAUGAAUAUAACAAACGGUGUAAACGUUUCUGUUGAAACAACGUGUGAAAAUCAAAUUCAGGAAAUAACAUACGAUGGCACGGAAAUCUACCAACCACCUCCAACUUUAUCCGAAACACUAACCCGCUGUGCUGCUCGAAUAGAUUUUAGUAAAACAUCUUUAGAUGACCUAAAGAAGGAGGAUAAAUCCGCUGAGGAUGACGUUAAAGAUUCAUCUCAGUUUCAACCAAGUCUGUGGCCAUGGGACUCGGUACGCAAUAAGCUGAAUGAUGCUUUAACAGAAAUUUGCGUACUUUCUGACGUAAUUUCAAUAGCUAAGGAUAAACGUUAUUUAGUUUUGGACCCAGUACCAGAAGAUCCUGAUGAGAUAAAACCUAUAGUGCAAGUUUAUAGUCGAAAAAAAGCUUUGGGUCAAGCAGCACAGGUUCUUUUGAGUGGGGCAGAAAGACUGAGGAACUCGCACAGCGAGCAACGUAACCGUAAUGUGACAGACUUUCAUAUUGAAUUAUUACGAUUACGACAGAAUUGGCGACUGAAAAAAGUUUCAAAUGCGAUUAUUGGCGACUUAAGUUAUCGCACAGCUGGAUCAAAAUACGGAAUGAGCGGUACAUUUGAAGUAACUAAAGCGGAAGAUUUAACUGACGAGGAAGCGGCAUCAGGUACCACUGGUAGCGGAAAUAAUGGCUUACCAACUCAAUCGCCGAAAACUACAUCCUCAUUGCGCGUGAUUGUACCAGCAGAGUUACAAGGAGUAGCAUAUAUAAAAGUUAUAACUCAGAAAGACCAGGAAGAUUUAUGCACGGCCAAUGUUAAUUUAAUGGGUCAUGGACCCAACAUAACACAACAGGCCGGUGUUUGGCAGAAGACCUUGGAAUUCGCACAGAAUGUACUUUUUUGUAAGGAACUUUUCAGUCAACUUGCUCGAGAAGCAAUUCAAUUACAGGCUCCAAUACCACAUGUUGUAAUUGGUAAUCAAAUCCGUGCAACUUUACUGCCGGGCAUUCAGCUUAUUAUUUCCCUUUGUCAUUCUACAACUUUUGAUUCGAGUCAACCUGGACCUAUUAACGAUCAUGAUCAUGUACUUGAACACUCAUUACAUCAACUUUUACGUGAAGUGCAUCACAAGAAUUCACAUCAUCCCUUUCCUCACCCUACCAGCGGACCAUUGGGGCCCAGUAAGAAACGUAUGCUUGCUGGCCCAAAAGCGGCAGACCGUGAAAGUUUACUAGAGAUGACAAAAUCACAGACAAUACUAGAACAAAUAAUUGCCCAAGCUCAGCAUAUAUUUAUGCGAAAGCGCACACAAUACGUUUUGGACACAUUAGCUAGAGAUGUGAAGGACCCUCAGAUUGUGUCGCAUUGGAAUGCGAUGAACAGUCCUAUAAUGUCGUGUGUGAAAAUUAAUAUUGUAACACAUGGAUACGACACAAUAAAUCGGACGUCGUUAGUAAUACACGUUAAAGAGCGAUCUCUCAAAUGCAUUUGCCGCGAUGGUCGGGUAAUGCAUCUUUCAUACGAACCGCAAGAGUUGCGUGAUCUCAUCUUGUGUCAGAUCAAUUCACAUCAAAUAUCGUGUCUUCUGAAUUUGGCUCGAUGUAUGGCUUGGACGGUAUUAUCGAACAGUAACAAUCUCGGAAUUGGUAAGGUUGAACCACUAGGCAAUGCCAGUUCAUGUUUGUUGGCGUCACCAAAUGGAGAUCGCAUGAUUGCGGUACAAAUACGUUGUGACCCGCAAAUCGAUGUUAAAGUUUAUAUUGCUCGUAGUCCACGUCCAGAUUUUAUACCCAAUCCGCUGGUACCAGAAAAAUUCUGGGAAAAUUUGGGUGGACAUUUUAAAGAAGUCCGCUUUGAUAAAAUCGAAGGCAAAAGUUUCCUCAAUAAAAUGGAGUUUUUAAUGGCCGCUCUUACUAGUAAUUCAGUCUAAAAUUCAUAGUUUGUAGAAUAUUGUAAAAAGAGACUAGUUAAAGUUUGAACGUAAAAUAAAAUAAAUUCCAAUGAAUAUUUAUGAAAA